UUCAAGAAAACCAGCCUUCAGCCUUAUCGAAAACAUUGAAAAAAUCUUUUUUUUACUGCAAAAGCUCUGCGAAAGUUUCCAUUAUUGAGCCGGUUUCGUUUCUGCAGUUUCGAGAGUGCACUUGCAUCUUCGAGUUUCGUUCUCUGUAUAAUCGCUGCUUUGGAAAGGGAUCCCUGGCGAUAGUUCAAUUGUAUACUGACGCCAGGUCGUUGAACAGCUGAAGUUACCCGCAAGUUGUACGUGAGAUACUUUAAAUACGUGAAACGAAAAAAUGUCGUUGUCGAGACCAAUUUACAAUUUGCUCGGUUCAUAUCUGGAGCAGCUCUUUGAGCAUCCAAUUCGUACAAAAGCCAUAACCAGCUGUGUCAUCGCUUCGUCCGCCAAUCUCGUAUCUCAAAAGCUGGCCGGUGCAAAAGAGCUAAAUACAGACUCUGUGAUGGCGUACGGUCUUUUCGGCUUAAUCUUCACAGGACCGCUAUCACAUUUUUUCUACAGUUGGCUCGAUCGUGUCACGAACGAUACACGCUUCAAGAAGAUUCUGAUGUUAUUAGGAGAACGGGCGCUUUUCGCUCCUGCUCUGACUGCUCUGUCGCUGUACUUCAUCUCACGCUUCGAAUAUAAAACCCACGAUGAAGCAUUUGUCAAUCUCGUUACGUUGUUCCGUAGUGUUCUGCGGGGCAACUUGAAAUUUUUGACGCUGCCUGUAAUCAUCAACUUCAACUACGUUCCGCCGAUGCUGCGCGUCCUCUUCGCCAACAUUAUUGGUUUUUGCUGGAUCGUGUUUCUGUCUACUAAGCGCAGGAAAGCAGAGCAACGCCGUCAAGCCGCUUUGACAGGGAAAAAAAGUGAACCUUCAUCAUAAAAUCUUCUCGGCUACACGGACAAACUGUGGUACAAAUUUCUUUGUUCAACUAACCUCAAGACCAGCGACGUAUAAAGAACUGCUUUUAUGAAUUGCCUAUAUUUGUAGCUUAUAUUCAAGUGCAUACUUUUGGAUGUAUUCUGGGCAAUGAGUUUUGGGACAUUAACAUUAAAAUUUUGUUUAUCAGGUAAAUGGUUUUAAUUCAAGAUAAUAAAGACUGUGACUUCGUUAUUUUAAAAUGUUACAAAAAACACAA